AUGUUUCCGUCACUCCUUUUAACUCUCCUAUCAUCGGCUCUUACAAUCAAUGCCGCGACUCUUGACUACGUCUUUAACCUUGCCAAUACUCAGCUUGCACCUGAUGGGUACAGCCGAGCAUCCGUCGCCGUCAACGGUGUCUUCCCGGGCCCAUUGAUCACGGCAAACAAGGGAGACACUCUUAAUGUUCUCGUGAACAACGGCCUGACGGAUUCUUCAAUGCGAAAGUCCACCUCGAUACACUGGCAUGGCUUGUUUCAGCAUCGCAAUGCACAAAACGACGGCCCUUCGUUUGUCACCCAAUGCCCCAUCUCCCCCGAACACAGCUACACCUAUUCUAUGUACCUUAACCAAACCGGAACUUACUGGUAUCACUCCCACCUUUCCAGCCAAUAUAUUGACGGUCUUCGUGGACCAAUCGUAAUAAACCCCGAGGAUCCCCAUCUAUCUCUUUACGAUGUCGACGAUGAAUCGACAGUCAUAUUCCUUGCCGACUGGUUCCACACAGCAUCCUCUGACCUACUCGCUGCGUACACACUCUCGACCAACACUGCAAGUGUCGAGCAACUGCCUCAAUCCGGCACAAUCAAUGGAGUCGGCAGGACGUCAACUGACACGCAGCCUGACCGACCCGUGUUCACAGUUACAAGUGGGCAACGAUAUCGCUUCCGCCUCAUCAACGGCUCAGCCAUUUCGCGCUUCAAUUUUCAGAUUGAGGGUCACACACUCACAGUUAUUGAGGCCGAUGGGGAGAAUCAUGUCCCUAUUACUGUGGAUAGGCUUGUCCUUCAGCCCGGCCAGCGAUAUUCUGUAGUGGUCACUGCUGAUCAAGCAGUUGGUAAUUACUGGAUCAGAGCACCAAUGGCCGCUCGAGUCGCCGGUACCGCACCAACAAACUGGGCUACUGACAGCGACAAUGUCAACGCAAUUCUUCGCUAUGUCGGCGCAGACGAGGUAGAACCCACCUCGACUCCGCCAGCGUUGAGCGGAACUGCCCUCGACGAAGCUAACCUUGUUCCUCUCACCGAUCCUGCUGCGCCUGGGACUGCCGUCGCUGGUGGUGCCGACAAAGUGUUCAACCUCACAUUUGCUGCUUUCACUGAUAGCACUGAGCACGGAUGGACAGUCAAUGGGGUCAAGUAUGUACCACCGACUCUCCCGACACUGCUGCAAAUCUUGUCGGGGGCUACAAGCAGCUCGGACUUUGCGACCAGCGAAAACACCUUGAUCAUUGAGCAUGGAGAUGUCGUCGAAGUCAAUAUCUUUGGCGUGCCGAAUCAUCCUUGGCAUCUCCAUGGACACACCUUUUCCGUUGUCAAGGGUGCGACCGGUAGCGUCAACUACGUAAAUCCACCGCGCCGGGAUGUCACUCCUUCGAGCGGGUCCUACAUUACCAUCAGAUUCACUGCGGACAACCCAGGUCCAUGGCUCAUGCACUGUCAUAUUGACCUUCACUUUGACGCUGGCCUGGCAGUCGUUUUCGCAGAGGCACCUGAACAAGUGGCUGCCGGCGCAGAUUCAGUGGAUCCGGAUGACUCUUGGAAUGAGCUUUGCUCCAUCUAUGACAGCCUCCCUGACUCUGACAAGUAA